GAGGGCCGCCCGCGGAUGGUUGCCAUUAGCGACCGAGCAACUGAAACUCUGAGAUGCUUUCUACGAAAAGUGCAACUGAGCGUUGACUAAAAACGAUACGUCUAACCGGGUAUGAGCGCUUUACCCUCUCUUUGCUUUCGCUCCUCAUGGCAACCCCGCAGAGAAAUGCAGAAGACAUCAUGAACGCGACGGAGCAUAUGGACAGCAUUCAGAAGUCAGUGGACAAGCUUCUAAGCCUUUCUGCAGAGGAUACAACCGAGUCAGAAAAGCUGCGUUCCAGGAUAGAUGAACAGUCAAGUCUGAUCUGCAUACUGAAACAGAGGGCAGAUGAACUGCUUCUUCGAUCUCAAGCCCUGCAAAAAAUCAAUACCGAGCUGGAAGCCAGAGUAACAGACUGCCAGAAAGAACUGGACAGCGAAAGAAAGAAAGCAGAGUUAUUAGAGAAGAGAUUUAUGGAUUUAGCUGCCAACAAUCAAGCAAUUAUUGCUUUCAUGGAUGAGUACAAAAAUCAGAAUGCCCAGUUAAAGAUAGAAAACAAACAGCUGCAGUCAGAAAAUGACACGAUUUUCUCCCAAAAAUUACAAGAUAAAGAAGUGUUUGUGCAAAAAUUGAUGCAAGAAAUCAAAAUGCUGACAGAGAAUUAUACAAAUAAAGAAAAUGAAUAUUGGGAGAAAUUGGCCGAAUGCCAGUCAACACUCCUGGAACAGGCAACUCAGCAUCAAGACAAGGAGGCAUCGCUACUUCAUCAAUUGCAUGAGGCUCAGCAGCAGCGAAGAGGUGCUGUAGAGAUGUGCAAAGACAUGACGCUGAAGCUAGAAAAGGCUGAAGAAAACCAUGCUUUGAGGGAGAUGAACACGAGAGAAAGCAUAACAAGCCUCACCAAAGAGAGGGACAAACUGUUAUCCCUGUCUAUGCAAAGAGGAAGAGUGAUACAGGAGAAACAAGAGGAAAUCCAGCAGCUGGAGAGAAAAUGGAAAGAAGAAAUACAAUCACGGGCAGAAGCUGAGGAUAGGUUUAAAAAGGAUGCAGAAGCUGUUAGUGCAAAUGUAAAAGUGAAGUCCCUGCAGUGUGCUCUUGAUGAAUCCGUGACAAAGUAUGAGAAGCUUAAAAAGGAUUUCCAAGCCUUCAGAGAACACAGCACUAGGCUCCUUACACAAGAGAGGGAGUUGAAUAAGAAACUUCGCCACAUGAUAGGCUAACCUUAUGUCUUCUUACCAAUGAGACAUGUUCUCAUUAAAACAAAUUUUAAUUUUCACCAAGAA